CGCCGCCAUGCGCCCUGCCGCUGCGCUCCUCGCUCCGCUGCUCGCCGCCGUGCAGGUCGCGGCGCUGCGCCUCGUGCCCGCCGCGCCCGCCGAGCUCGCGACGCCGCAGCCGCUGGGCGGCAUCGAUGCGGCGCUGCUGCGCCACGCCGCCGACUGGUCGCGCGACGUGCAGCCGCUGCCCGUGCACUCGCACAACGACUACUGGCGCGGCGUGCCCGUGCUCGACGCCCUCGCGCGCGGCGUGCGCAGCGUCGAGAGCGACGUCUGGCUGCACCCGCGCACGCGCGAGCUUUUCGUCGGCCACGACCCCUACUCGCUCUCGCGCGCACGCACCUUUGCGCGCCUCACGCUGGCGCCGCUGCGCGCUGCGCUCGAGCAGGCCAACGCCGCCAACGCGCGCUACAGCGACUCGAGCGACGCGCGCUUCUUUGCGCCGCUGCAGCAGGGCGCGCCGCGCGCCUGGAACGGCUUCUACACGGCGGGGCCCGGCAACGCGGCGCCGCUGCAGCUGCUCGUCGACCUCAAGACCGACGGCGCCGCGACGCUGCGUGCCGUCGAGGAGGCGCUGGUGCCGCUGCACGCCGACGGCUACCUCAGCGACUACGCCGACGGCCGCCUGCGCCCCGGCCCGCUCAUCGUCAUCGGCACGGGCAACACGCGUGCCGAGGACCUGGCGGCGCGGCCGGCGCGCAACGUCUUUCUCGACUGUCCGCUCGGCCGGCUGAGCGAGACAUUCGUCGUCGACGGCGUCAGCUUCGCGUACAACUCGACGCUGUGCGGCGUCGCCUCGACGAACCUGGCCACGCUCGUGCCCGGCUGGGAGGGCCUCGAGGAGCCGAGCGACGCGCAGGUGGCGAACCUGACGCGCGCCAUCGACGAGGCCCAUGCACUUGGCAUCAAGACGCGGGUGUGGGACACGCCUGUGUGGCCGUCCUAUGCGCGCGACCGCGUCAACACGCUGCUGCUGCGUCUCGGCAGCGACUGGAUCAACGCCGACGAUCUUGGUGCGUCGCGGCGCUGUGCUGCGUCGUGCGUGGCUGACGCGCUCGCCCUGCCGCAGAGGCGAUCAAAGCCUUCUAGCCCCGCACACACGGACUGCUCCUCUUAGUAUACCGCCUUACGAUUAAUCUAUCUGCGCGGCGCGCACCCUUGCCCCGCCC